AUGGCAGCUUCCAGAAGGUUCUACGCGGAGCAACCUGCUGCACUCGGGGCACCCCUUCCUUUCUCGCACCCAGGCCGUGGGGAGGGGGGUCCUCGGACUCAAGCCACGCGGGGUGCGCACGGAGGCGCCACGCACCCGCCCUCCCGACGCCCCCCGCACCUGCGCCCACGUGGACUCGCACACCUGCGGCCCCAGCCGCCGCGCACGCGGUCCCGUGCAGCCCCCGCGCGCUCCCGCCAGGCGCGCCGAGGAGACGGGCGGGCGGGUGCGCGCGGCGGCGGCGCGCACGGCGGAGCCCGGGAGGCGGCGGCGGCGGCGGCGGCGGCGGCGGCGGCUGCUCGUGUCGGCUCCGGGCGGCCCCCGCGCCGCAGCCCGCGCCGUGUCCGCGGCGGAGCCGCCCAGUCGCGCCGGGCCUUCGCGGGGCUGCUGGCGCUGGAAGAGCUCACGCUGGAGCGCUGCAACCUCACGGCGCUAUCCGGGGAGUCGCUGGGCCACCUGCGCGGCCUGGGCGCCCUGCGGCUGCGCCACCUGGCCAUCGCAGCCCUGGAGGACCAGAACUUCCGCAGGCUGCCCGGGCUGCUGCACCUGGAGAUCGACAACUGGCCGCUGCUGGAGGAGGUGGCGGCGGGCAGCCUGCGGGGCCUGAACCUGAGCUCGCUGUCCGUCACCCACACCAACAUCAGCGCCGUGCCGGCCGCCGCGCUGCGCCACCAGGCGCACCUGACCUGCCUCAACCUCUCGCACAACCCCAUCAGCACCGUGCCGCGCGGCUCGUUCCGGGACCUGGUCCGCCUGCGCGAGCUGCACCUGGCCGGGGCCCUGCUGGCCGUGGUGGAGCCGCAGGCCUUCCUGGGCCUGCGCCAGAUCCGCCUGCUCAACCUGUCCGACAACCUGCUGUCCACGCUGGAGGAGAGCACCUUCCACUCGGUGAACACGCUGGAGACGCUGCGCGUGGACGGGAACCCGCUGGCCUGCGACUGCCGCCUGCUGUGGAUCGUGCAGCGGCGCAAGACGCUCAACUUCGACGGGCGGCUGCCGGCCUGCGCCACCCCCGCCGAGGUGCGCGGCGACGCGCUGCGCAAGCUGCCCGACUCGGUGCUGUUCGAGUACUUCGUGUGCCGCAAGCCCAAGAUCCGCGAGCGGCGGCUGCAGCGCGUCACGGCGGCCGCGGGCGAGGACGUGCGCUUCCUGUGCCGCGCCGAGGGCGAGCCCGCGCCCAGCGUGGCCUGGGUGACGCCGCAGCACCGCGCGGUGACGGCCGCCAGCGCGGGCCGGGCGCGCGUGCUCCCCGGGGGCACCCUGGAGAUCCGGGACGCGCGGCCGCAGGACAGCGGCACCUACACGUGCGUGGCCAGCAACGCGGGCGGCAACGACACCUACUUCGCCACGCUGAGCGUGCGGCCCGAGCCGGCCGCCAACCGGACCCCGGGCGAGGCGCGCAACGAGACGCUGGCGGCCCUGCGCGCGCCGCUGGACCUCACCACCAUCCUGGUGUCCACCGCCAUGGGCUGCAUCACGUUCCUGGGCGUGGUCCUCUUCUGCUUCGUGCUGCUGUUUGUGUGGAGCCGCGGCCGCGGGCAGCACAAGAACAACUUCUCCGUGGAGUACUCGUUCCGCAAGGUGGACGGGCCGGCGGCCGCUGCGGGCCAGGGGGGCGCGCGCAAGUUCAACAUGAAGAUGAUCUGAGGGGCCCCGGGGGCGGGGCGGGGCGGGGCCGGGCCCUCCCCCUCCCCGCGCACCCACCGCGCCGCCCGAGCAUCUUCCGGAGGGGGCGGGGCGGCUCCCCCGGCAGAAUUUCCCCUUUUUUUGUAGACGCCCGACCGCAGGACUGGGUUUCAUCAGCCUGCGUCUUUUUGCAGUUUCUCAAGCGUUUUCUAAAGGUUUCAACCCGUCUUCC